UACAUGAUAGAGAAUGCCUCCUGCUCCACUAUCCUGCCCACGCUGUACCUGAAUUUGCUUUCCCAUGUCUUGCUCUUCUCCUACAACACAGGCCUGUACUUCAUGACUGCCAUCAGCAUCGAGACGUGUGCAUCCAUCCUCUUCCCGCUCUGGUACCGCUGCCGCCGUCAUCGGCCCCUGUUGGCCAUGGUGCGUACACUUUGCUGGUUCCUCUCCAUCGCUGUCUUUGCUACCGUUACUUUUCUGUGUCUCUCACACCAGCUCGAGCACUGCCGGAUGGCUCUCAUCUCCAUGUACGUCCGCAGCUUCCUCAUCUUUGCCCCACUCAUGGUCAUUUCCAGCACAAUCCUCUUCAUUAAGGUCCUGUGUGCCUCCCAGCAGUGCCCACUCAGGAGGCUCUACAUCGUUAUCUUCCUCAUCAUCCUCUUCUUUCUCAUCAUGGAGAUUCCCUUCAACAUCUGGAAUUUCCAGCAGCAGUUCAGCUACACCGCGGUGCCCUCCCAGGUGGUUUUCCUGCUCGCCUGCAUCAACAGCAGCAUCAACCCCUUCAUCUACUUCUUGGUGGGGAGCUGCCGGAGGCGUUGCUCCGUGGCGUCCCUCCAGGUCGCCUUCCGA